UUUAAUUUGGUAUUGAUGUCGGUCCCAACUUGCUUCUCCAUUUCUCUGGCACCACCGACUAGCCCACCGGCAAUAUGGUUCUCUCCACACACAACACAAACCAUAUAUGGAGGCUAGCGCCGGCAACGUUCUGUGUUCACACUACGCCAAUUGCCCCAUCACGUAUAGGGAAUAUUAAUAAUUAAGAUAAAAUUGGAGGAUAAAAAGGAAUUUUUGCUUUUUCUAUAUUUAUUUAAAUAUGGAAUUUAUCUCAUUUGAAAUUACUUCUUGUAGAAGUUCUCAUACUCUUAAUUAACACCGACUGACUCUUCAAUGGCGGCUGUGAAACCAAUUUGAACCUUUCCAUCAUUCUCUUACAUAUAUAUAUAAGGAAGACAAUUUCAUAAGGUGGCGAAUCCUCAAGAGAAAGGAAACAAGGUUGUUGAGAAGAGGGAAUUGGAACUUGAUGAGAGGAUAAACAACAACAAUUCUACAUUGUCAUCAUCAAUGCAUAUGAUAUUCCCGGGUUUGAAUAGGGAGGAGGAGAUGUCUGCCAUGGUUUCGGCUUUGACCCAUGUUGUCUCUGGUGAAGUUCCAACCGGUGCAGAUGACGAUUAUUCACUUCCAACAAGUAACAUGGCUUAUGGUUCUUCAACAUUUUCUAAUUAUGUUGUUGGAAGUGGCUCUUCUUCUAUCAAGAGAACUAGGCAGCAAGAUGAUAUAUCCUUUGUUGACCACUUCUCUUCAUCACAUGGUGUAGCUUCUUCAUCCCCUACUACAACAAUGAAUAGAGAAUGUUCAAGAGAAAGUGGAAGUGGGAGUGGAGAGAUGGGAGGAGGAAACAGGGGAAGGGCAGUGUAUGAAUACAGAGCAAGAGAAGAGAACGUGAGAGAGGAAGAGCCAAGAAGGAAAUACAGAGGCGUCAGGCAGAGGCCAUGGGGCAAGUGGGCAGCCGAGAUCAGAGACCCAUUCAAAGCCGCCAGAGUCUGGUUAGGCACCUUCGACACUGCCGAGGCUGCCGCCAGAGCCUACGACCAAGCCGCCCUCCGUUUCCGGGGCAACAAGGCCAAACUCAACUUCCCCGAAAAUGUCACGCUCCUCCGCCACGCGCCACCGCAAAUCACUACUUCUUCGCUCGUGGCUAUUCCAACUUCCACUGAGGCCAUUGUUCACAGUGAGCCUCUUAUUAGCACUACUUUGCAUGGUUCUUCUUCUUCCGCGGGUUUGUAUGGGAAUUUCCCCACCAUGGAUUCCACUAUGACGGUUAUGGCGUCAAGUGUGGCUUCUCAUCUUCGACAUUCUUCUCCGUCGUCAACGCAAGCUUCGCCGCCGUUCUUGUCUUCGUCUUCUGCGUUCGGUUCCACUACGCAGUUGCCGGCGGCGUGGUCAUCAGCUUCCGGUAACAGCUCUUCUUCGUCGGGAUAGGUUUUUCCACCGUUGCCGAUUAAGAUAUAUGAACGUUUCUCUUUCUUUUUUAGAUUUUCCUUAUUAUCUUGUGCCAUAGGAGAUGUUUACUGGCUCAUAGUUCUUGUCGCAAUCUAUUGUUUUGGCAAGCUGGAAAGUGAGGCUGAGGGAUGAGAAUUAUUAGCUAUUAAUUUUGCGUGAAUACAUGUGUACUUGAGUUUCCAGUUUUUCGCAAUCAUAGAAAUGAAACCACUUAACUUCGUGACA